AAUGAUUUCAGUGAAAUUGUAUUAUCUCCUAUUUGUGGUCAGGCAGAUGCAUUCCAAGGCCUACGCAAUCGCCUACUUGGUGAUGCAGACUACCGUCAACGAGCUCAACAAUUUGCCCAUGACACUGUAUUGUGUCUCAUCGAGCGCAACCGUUGCGUCCACACUCCCGAUCACGGCGCUCAUCACAGAGCACCCCAGCGGCUGUCCCGCCAUCGCCCUUACAUUCGUCGCAGUCGUGGUUAUGGUCGCUGAGCGCCUCAGCGGUCAUCCCACCCAAUGCCAUUCCAUGCUCAGCUCGUGUACUAUGAAGUUGUCAGCUCGCAUUGUACGGGCAUGACUCGUGAGCUUAUAGGCUUAAAGACAGUUGCCAUCUUCAUGUCAUCAACAUGACAUUUGUUUAUAAAAAUAAGUGGUGAUAC